GCGAGUGAAACUCGGAAACACGUCGGGCAUGAACAUAAAUCUUUUGAAUUUCUAAACUCUGAACUUUUCUAGUUGCUUGAGCAGAAAAUCAGCAUUCGGAGUCUAAAUAGAAACAACAAAUAGCCCAUUUUCGUGUCCUUAUCGAGUUAGAGUGAGAGCUGUGAACUCAGUGCCUCAAUCAUGCCGCCUGGGCCUGUACAAAUUGUCCAGCCGGAGCCCAACAAUAAGCCAGAAGAAGCUAUCGUUAAAGAUGACACUCCAGCAACGAAACCCAUCGUCGGGAUAAUCUACCCACCUCCCGAGGUCCGAAACAUCGUUGACAAGACGGCGAGUUUCGUAGCCAGGAAUGGACCAGAGUUCGAGGCCAGGAUCCGUCAGAACGAGAUAAACAACCCUAAGUUCAACUUCCUGAACCCCAAUGACCCCUACCAUGCCUACUAUCGCCACAAAGUCAACGAGUUCAAGGAGGGCAAGGCCCAGGAGCCGUCUGCAGCCGUGCCCAAAGUCAUGCAGCAGCAGGCUUUGCAACAGUCCUCUCAGCAGCUACCACAGAAGGUCCAAGCGCAGGUCAUUCAGGAGACUGUGGUGCCCAAGGAGCCGCCUCCAGAGUUCGAGUUCAUCGCCGACCCGCCGUCCAUCUCGGCCUUCGACCUGGACGUGGUCAAGCUGACCGCCCAGUUCGUGGCGAGGAACGGCCGGCAGUUCCUGACCCAGCUGAUGCAGAAGGAGCAGCGGAACUACCAGUUCGACUUCCUGCGGCCUCAACACAGCCUCUUCAACUACUUCACCAAGCUGGUGGAGCAGUACACCAAGGUUCUGAUCCCACCUAAAGGUCUCCUGCUGAAGCUGAAGAAGGAAGCAGAGAACCCACGAGAGGUUCUGGAUCAGGUGCGCUACCGUGUGGAGUGGGCGAAAUUCCAGGAGCGGGAGAGGAAGAAGGAGGAGGAGGAGCGGGAGAAGGAGCGCGUGGCGUACGCGCAGAUCGACUGGCACGACUUUGUUGUCGUGGAAACGGUGGACUUCCAGCCCAACGAGCAAGGUAACUUCCCUCCCCCCACCACUCCUGAGGAGCUGGGUGCGCGGCUGCUGAUCCAGGAGCGCUAUGAGAAGUACGGGGAGAGUGAGGAGGUGGAGAUGGAGGUGGAGAGUGAGGACGAGGACGAGGAGCGCGAGGGCCGCGAGGAGGGACACGCCGCACAGCCCGACCAGGACACGCAGCUGCAGGACAUGGACGAGGGUUCGGAUGAGGAGGACGACGGCAUGAAGGCUCCGCUGCCCCCAGACAACCCCAUGCCCCCCCCACUGCCCCCCACCCCCGACCACGUCAUCAUCCGCAAGGACUACGACCCCAAGGCCUCUAAGCCGCAGCCCUCUGUGUCUGCUCCUGACGAGUACCUGAUCUCCCCCAUCACUGGCGAGCGCAUCCAGGCCAGUAAGAUGCAGGAGCACAUGCGCAUCGGCCUGCUGGACCCCCGCUGGCUGGAGCAGCGUGACCGCAGCCUGCGCGAGCGCCAGGUGGAGGACGAGGUGUACGCGCCCGGCCUGGACAUCGAGAGCAGCCUGAAGCAGCUGGCCGAGAGGCGUACCGACAUCUUCGGCGUGGAGGAGACAGCCAUCGGCAAGAAGAUCGGCGAGGAGGAGAUCCAGAAACCCGAGGAGAAGGUGACGUGGGAUGGGCACUCUGGCAGCAUGGCGCGUACCCAGCAGGCAGCACAGGCCAACAUCACGCUGCAGGAGCAGAUCGAGGCCAUCCACAAGGCCAAGGGGCUGGUGCAGGAGGACGACUCCAAGGACAAGAUCGGCCCCAGCAAGCCCCACGAGGGGCAGUCCCAGGGCAUGCUGCCCACGCCGUCCAUCCCACCCAGCAUGCCCAAACCCUCACCACCAGCCCCGCGCAACACACACACCUUGCCCCAGCCGGUGCGCACCACUCUGCUGUCGGCCGUGCCAGUGUUGCCCCGCCCCCCCAUGGCGCCCGUGGUGCGUCUUGCCCCGGGGCAGGUGCUGACCCCCAUGCCCCCCAUGCUGCACACGCCCCGCAUCAACGUGGUGCCCAUGCCACCCUCCGGACCCCACAUCAUGACCCCCAGACCCCCGCCCAUGGUGGUGCCCACAGCGUUUGUUCCUGCCCCCCCCGUGCCCCAGCCUCCCAGCUCCUCUGCGGCCCCCAUGCCCCCUGCCCACCCCCCCCCUCCUCACGAGGACGAGCCCGUCAGCAAGAAGAUGAAGACCGAGGACAACCUCAUACCAGAGGAGGAGUACCUGCGCAGGAACAAGGGUCCUGUCACAGUGAAAGUUCAGGUCCCAAACAUGCAGGACAAGACGGAAUGGAAACUGAGUGGACAGAUCCUCAGCUUUACCGUUCCUCUCACAGACCAGGUGUCAGUCAUCAAGGUUAAGAUCCACGAGGCCACGGGGAUGCCUGCCGGCAAGCAGAAGCUCCAGUAUGAGGGUAUCUUCAUUAAAGACUCCAACUCUCUGGCUUACUACAACAUGAGCAACGGCUCCAUCAUCCACCUGGCCCUGAAGGAGAGAGGAGGGAGGAAGAAGUGAGCUGUGCCCAGCUUCCGGAACCUUACGCAGCGUUCUGGAGCCUUCAGCAAGGUUCAGCAGCCAUGAUUGGUUUUGCUGUAGUGCGAGAGGAUCAUUUGCCCUGUUCCACUGCCCUAAUUUGCCCUGUUCCACUACCCUAAUUUGCCCUGUUCCACUACCCUAAGUUCCUUGCUUUGGUUGUUUUCUCACCCGGGAUUCCUGUUAAUCUGUAGACCUCCUGGCACAAUGGAUUCUGUCAGAUGUUUUUAAGGAUGUACAUCACCAUGUUGAAAACUCUUACUAGUCGUAAAAAGUGUGUAUUGGACUUUGUUGACCAUUUGUUUUUAAAGCUUUGAUUUCUAGAAGUGGAUUAGUUACAUAAUUCCAUGAACUAUGAUUACUUGAGGACAAAUUCCAAAUUGUAAUGCUGAAAUAAUCCACAAACAUAGGUUCUAGAAAUAGACAUUUGCCUUUUUGGAAAAGCUUUAGUGGGUCUCAUUUGCGCACAAAGCGUCUCCUCUUGGGUUUGGCAUUUACAUCGGUCAAGCUGAUAGUUACAUCAUUGAAAGGAAGUCCUCCAAAACCACAAGAAUAAUGUAAGAACAUGGUGUAAAUAUUACAACUGGAGAGUUUAUUCAACACACACACGCUGAUGUGAAAUCAAGUCCGUAUGACCAAGCCAAAACAAGAAUGUUUCAACUUGUGUACAAUCUGCCCAAGUUUGGUUGUGGUACCUAGUUAAGAUUAAAGACAUUAGUGCAACUAUAUGGCAUCCUCUUCAUUGUCCAUGUUCAGUGGGAUUCUUCAAUCUGUUUUCGGUUGCUGAAGAUGAAUAACCAUUAAACAAAUCAGAAAAAAUAAAUAGUGUUUGGCAGUA